GGACGGAGCUGAGUGGCAGGGGCACUGGAGCCCUGCCGGCGCCCGGCUAGCCGGGGGAAGCCUCCACGCAGGGUGGACGCCGCGAGCCCCGCGGGGUGGCGCGCAGCCCAGUGCACGCAGGGCGCAAGAGGCAGAGGCGUGCCAGGGAGCCCAAGACAUGGGGAGGGCCCCGCACCCUUACUAGGACCAACGCUGCCAAGGCUGCCUGGGUGAGGGGAGGGCUCCGCUUGCUGUCUCCUGCUUGCUGCCUCCCGGGCUCGCAGGACACACAGACAGGGGCGGGGGCCCUGCGCCCCUCCUCCCCGUCCGCUGCGGGCGCUGCUCCCGGGUGCCAUGGCCUCGCGGCUCCUGCACAGACUGCGGCACGCCCUGGCGGGCGAAGGCCCCGAGGAAGAGGCGUCCGGCCCUGAGGCCGAGCAGUUCCCGGAGAGCUCAGAGCUGGAGGACGACGAUGCCGAAGGCCUGUCCUCCCGCCUCAGCGGCACUCUCAGCUUCACCAGCGCCGAGGACGAGGACGAGGACAGUGAGGAGAGCGGCCCCAGCACCCUGGCCCCCUGGGACGGGGCUUCGGGAGAGGACGCAGAACAGAACUCCCCACCCGAAGGGCAGCGGGGCAGUCAACUCCUGGCCCGGCAGUUGCAGGAUUUCUGGAAGAAGUCCCGGAACACCCUGGUACCGCAGCGGCUGCUCUUCGAGGUGACUACUGCUAAUGUAGUCAAGGACCCACCCUCCAAGUAUGUGCUCUACACCCUCGCCGUGAUGGGCCCUGGGUCCCCAGAUCACCAGCCUGCCCAGAUCUCUCGCCGCUACUCUGACUUUGAACGGCUACACCGGAACCUUCAGCGGCAGUUCAGGGGACCCAUGGCUGCCAUCUCUUUCCCCCGUAAGCGCCUGCGCCGUAACUUUACAGCAGAGACCAUUGCCCGUCGCAGCCGGGCCUUCGAACAGUUUUUGGGCCACCUGCAGGCAGUUCCUGAGCUGCGCCAGGCCCAAGCCCUACAGGACUUCUUCGUGCUGCCUGAACUGCAGCGGGCACAGAGCCUGACCUGCACUGGCCUCUAUCGUGAGGCUUUAGCACUCUGGGCCAAUGCCUGGCAGCUGCAGGCCCAGCUAGGCACCUCCUCAGGCCCAGACCACUCUCUGCUGACCCUGGCCGGACUGGCUGUGUGCCACCAGGAGCUGGAGGACCCUGGGGAGGCGCGGACAUGCUGUGAGAAGGCCUUGCAACUGCUCAAGAACAAGAGCCCUCACCCUUUGCUGGCACCUUUUCUGGAAGCUCAUGUCCGACUAUCUUGGCGCCUAGGCCUGGACAAACGCCAGUCAGAGGCCCGGCUCCAGGCCCUGCAGGAAGCAGGCCAGACCCCCACCCCACCUCCCAGUCUCAAAGAAUUGCUCAUCAAGGAGAUACUGGACUAACCUUAUCUAGACACAAGGCCUCUGGGGAGAGGCGCUGCCCCAGGAUGGGGAUGCGGGUGAUAGGGACAUGGAUAACAGUUGGAAGACUUUAAGGGGUGCUGGAAACCCUGAAAAUUUGUGGCAGACUGGAGAGGAAAAAAAAGGCCGGUUUUGUUGAGCUGGGCUCAGAACUGGUUGGGAUGGAUAAUAUGGGGGAGAUACCUGGCAAAGCCCCUCCAGUUUAUGAGGGUCACUGUUCCCUUUGCUAUGGGUCUCCAAGCCUGUGAGGUAGCCUGGCUGAAGGACAGGAGGAAGGGCUGAAGUUCUGGCCCAGGGAAAUUAAAGGCCAGCAACUCCAA